CGAGACUGCGCAAGAGACUAAAAGGCUGUGAAACUACUGUUCCCAGAAUGCAUAGCACCCUCUUUACCUUGAUUGCAAGAUGUCGGCGUUCCGCAGAGCUGGUGAAUAUGUGAAAAACGCAUGGGCAAAGGAACCUGCGCUUGUGGCCUCUUUUGGCAUUUCUAUUCUAUGUUGCAUAGCACCUCUAAUCAGUCCCUGGACUAAAUAUACCAAAAUGAUUGCCGAAGUGGUACCAUAUACAUAUCCAGUUCCAGUUCGAGAUGAUGGAAAUAUGCCAGAUAUUCCUGCCCACCCCUGCGACAAGGAAGGGCCAAGCCUUGAGUGGCUGAAGACGUUUUGAGACAUACCACUUUUGAAGCAGCCCAGAACGCUCAGUUAAAGGGACAGUGAGGACUCUACAAAGCUACCUGCCCUUUCUUGUAUACCUGUUAGAAUUUCAAGAUAUAAUAAAUUUUCUGUUAAA